AUGCCUGCAUGGCUUCCGGGUGGCAUAUUGAGAUUAAAUUCUGACGUAAACCAAAAUGCGCUUUUGGUUGUGAAGGCACGGGACAAGUAUUUAAAGCCAGUUGUAAUACCAGAGCCCGAGAUUACUAUUACAAAAAGAGAACCAGAAGAUGAGUGCUUAAUUCUUGCUAGUGAUGGCUUAUGGGAUGUCUUGUCAAGUGACUUGGCUUGUCAGGUAGCUCGUAAGUGCCUCCGAGAAGAAAAUCUUCCUUUCAAUGCUGCUGGGCCUCAGAUCGAAAACGAAGGGGCUGGAGCAUUGUAUCCAUCUCGAAGCAUGUUGGCUGCUGCACUUCUUACUCGCCUUGCUUUAGGACGCAGAAGCUGUGACAACAUCAGUGUCAUUGUUGUUGAUCUCAAGAGGAGCUGA